AUGGCUGAUAAAAUUCAUCCAGACGGCGAAAAGGUCGCCGAUGUCUCUGGACAUCAUGAAGAGCGUGGCACUCACCAGCCUGACCCAGUUGAGCUCAGCCGCAACAUCGAAGCAAAGAUCAAGAAUCCUCUCGAGGGAAUCCCGUACAACCAACUCAUGCGCGAUGUCGAGGCCUUUUGCACAGAGUAUGGCCUACAGGAAGAGAUCGCCGUGUUCCGAAAGGGCGCACUGGUAGCUCAAGACCCAGAAGGCUAUGAGACUAUUACCGGCACUGAAGCCCUCGAUGAGGCUGAAAUUACAGCUCUGCGAGAGGAAGUAACCCACAAGUGGCGUUUGCCCAAGAAGCUUUACCUGACCAUCAUCACUUGCUCCAUUGGUGCUGCCGUUCAAGGAUGGGAUCAGACUGGUACCAACGGCGCCAACAUUUUCUUCCCCGAGGAAUAUGGCAUUGCGAGCAGCAGCACCAGAGACCGCCUCAUUCUAGGCCUGGUAAACGCGGGCCCCUAUAUUGGAAGCGCUCUCUGCGGUUGCUGGCUAUCCGAUCCCCUCAACCACUACUUUGGCCGUCGCGGUGUCAUCUUCUUCUCGGCUCAUUUCUGUAUCUGGCCUCUCAUCGGUUCCGCCUUCAGCCACAACUGGCAACAACAACUCGCUAACCGUCUUCUCAUGGGAAUUGGUAUGGGUGCCAAAGCCUCGACCGUACCCAUCUACGCUGCCGAAAACUCCCCGCCGUCGAUCCGCGGUGCCCUGGUUAUGUCGUGGCAAAUGUGGACAGCUUUCGGCAUUGCUCUGGGAACUGCCUUCAACUUGGCCGUCUACUAUGCCAAGUACAACUGGCGUCUGAUGCUUGGUGCUCCUUUCCUCCCCGCCGUUCCCUUGCUCUGCUUGAUCUAUCUCUGUCCCGAGUCUCCCCGCUGGCUCAUGAAGAAGGGCCGCUACCACGAUGCUUGGAAGUCCAUGAUUCAGCUCCGACACAACAACAUCCAAUGCGCUCGCGACAUGUACGCUAUUCACGCCCAGCUGCAGCUUGAGAGCCAGGUUUUGGGCAAGAGCAACUAUGCUAGCCGCUUCAUGGAACUGUUCACCAUUCCUCGCGUGCGCCGCGCCAACUUGGUUGCUUUCACCGUCAUGAUUGCUCAGCAGAUGUGCGGUAUCAACAUUAUUGCCUUCUACUCGACCACCAUUUUCAAGGAUGCCAACAUGGGUGAUUUCCAGGCCCUGCUCGGUUCCUUCGGUUUCGGAAUGGUCAACUGGCUCUUUGCCUUCCCCGCCUUCUGGACCAUCGAUACCUUUGGCCGAAGAUCUCUGCUUCUGUUCACCUUCCCUCAGAUGACUUGGACUUUGUUGGCGGCUGGUCUUUGCACAUUGAUUGCGCCCGGUGUAACCCGCACUGCCCUGGUGUCUCUUUUCGUUUACCUUUUCGGCGCCUUCUACUCGCCUGGUGAGGGUCCCGUACCCUUCACCUACUCUGCCGAGGUCUACCCUCUUUCUCAUCGUGAGAUGGGUAUGGGCUUCGCCGUUGCCACUUGUCUGUUCUGGGCCGCCAUUCUGGGAAUGACUUUCCCGUUCAUUCUCGACAGACUCCACGUCGUCGGUGCCUUUGGUCUCUACGCCGGUUUCAACGUCGUUGCCUUCUUUAUGAUUCUGUUCUGGGUCCCCGAGACCAAACAACGAACACUGGAAGAGCUCGACUGGGUCUUUGCUCUGCCCACCGCCCGCUUUGCGCACUACCAGGUCACCAAGGCGAUUCCCUACUUCUUCAAGCGCUGGGUCUUCUUCGACCGCAACGCCAAGCUGGAGCCUCUGUACACCUUCCAGCAACACCAGCGUGAGCAGCGCGCGGAGCGUGUCCCCAGCUCCGAUGAAGAGAAGAAGAGCUACUAG